AUGGACCGGAUGCGUCCACACCUGGGAAACGCAGGCCCCCUUGCAGUGGAACUGCUACUGGAACAUUUCUCCAAUGAUGCCUGGGUGCUGCUAUGCUCAUAUUGCCUGCUGUUGGAGCGACGCGAACCCCUGUGGGCACAGGGACUCCUGCAAUGCAUCGAGCGUGAAGCGCCCGACAGGAGAGCAGAGAUCGCCGAGCUUCUGGACACCGCUGUGCUUGGCAAAGCGCGAAGCUGGGCAUUGUGGUCGGCGAGCACGGCCUCAAGCUUGGCGAUUUGGCCGAGUCGAUCAGAGUGUUUUGGCCCAGUCUCAUCCACUGCUCUACGGUUGCCUGUCCAUGUGCAAGUUGACUUCGCAAAUUCCGCAAAGGCGCUGCGACGUGUAGAAGGUCAGCUGCUGCGGACAGCAGAAGCAAUUGGCGUGGACUGCGAGCAUUCCGGUUUCGGUGCACAAGCUGAGAUUUCCUUGAUUCAGUUGGCCACCACCACCCAUUGCUUCGUCAUCGACGUCCUGGCUUUGGGCAGCACCCAGGACUUUUCGGAUCUCCUCCAGAUGCUCUCAACGAAGGCGCUGCUCGCCUUUGACUUCCGCACGGAUGCUGCCCUCCUGCGCCGCUUCGUGUCACUUCCCUCGGGCGCCGAUCUGCUAGCGCCCAGGGACCUGCGCCGAGCGGACCUGGGCGUGUCAGGCGGCCUGCGGCAGUUGGUGCGUGAGGCGCUGGGUGCUGAGCUCUGCAAGGCCGAGCAAUGCAGCCGAUGGGCACGGAGGCCGCUGCGACCUAGCCAGCUCCACUAUGCCGCGCUAGAUGCCUGGGUGCUGCUGCCCUGUGCAAAGUACCUGCAUGAAACGCAGCAAGUCGAAAUGGAGCCACCCUGA